AUGAUUCGGAGGUUCACCACUAUUUCAAGGCAAAGCAAUCUUUUCGGAGGCAGGGUGAUUGGCCAGAAAUUGCAGGCUCCGUCCGGAAAGUCGCAAACAACCGCUAAUCCGGUGGAUAUGAUAAAGAAGAAUGAUAUUCUUAUGUUCUCUCAAAAGCCGAUGAACUAUGUCGAAUCGGUGAAAAAAAAUGGGUUUCAUUUGGCCAAUAAUCUCUUGAUAACAUCGCCCAAUUCGAAGGGAGACAUCGUGGGAACGCUUUUGUUGGAAACAGAGUCUUUUGAAGUGAACUUAUCUAACGCAUACAAAAUUAUUAAUGGAUUUAUUGUUGAAUUUGAUGAAGAAAUUCUUCAAAUUUUCACAAAAGUCCACCCUAAACCCGAGUUACUUGUAGUGGGACUCGGGCACAAGUCGCGGAUCCUCAGCGAAGCCAAUCGAAAGUACUUGUCUUUUCUAGGAAUGCAACUCGAAGUGAGCGACUCCAACAUUGCGGCACAGAAUUACGACUUGUUAGCUACAGAAAGACCAAAUGUUAUUGCUGCAUUAUUACUUCCGCCCAACGUGUGA